CUUUGUUGUAUUUUUGAGACAGGGUCUCACUACUUGGUUCAGGCUGGCCUUGGGCUCACUUUGUAGCCCAGGCUGGUCUCAAACUGACAACAAUCUGAUCCUCCUGCCUCAGCCUCCCAAGUGCUAGGAUUACAGGAGUGUGCCACCACAACUGGUUUGGGUGAGUUAUUUAUUGAUUGACCUGUAUCUUUCCUUCCAUUCCUAUUCCACUGCCUGCCAUGCUAGGGCUUGAAUCUUGGCCUUGUGCAUGCGAGGCAAGUGGCACUGCCUGCUCUGCCCCUAAGCUUCAUUCCUAGCUCUCUUAUUGCAAUCUCCUAGGAGGCUUAGUAGAAUUUUUGCCUGCAAUCCUGGCAAUUUGGAGGCUGAGGCAGGAUGAUCACCCCAAGAUUGAAGCUGGUUAAUGUAGUGAGUUCAAGGCCUUCCUGAACUGUAUAGUGAGAGCCUAUCUUAAAAAAGAGAGACAAGGGGCUGGGGAUUUAGCUCAGCGGCGUAAGCACCUGCCUUGCAAGCAGGCGGCCGUGAGUUUGAUCCUCGGUACCGAUAAAAAUGAAAAAGACAAAAAAAAAAAAAGAGACAGCCUAGUAGAGAUGGAUGCAGUGGCACAUACAUGUAAUCCCAGCUACUAAGGAGGCUGAGGUAGAAGGAUUGCAAAUUUGAGGCCACUCAGGGCAAUCACAAUGUCUAUCUCACAAUGAAAAUUUAAAUUUUAUUAUUAUUAUUACUAUUUUUAUCUUUUUGAGACAGGGUUUCACUUCGCAGUUCAGGCUGGCCUUAAAUUCACUUUGUCGUCCAGGUAGGGCUCAAACUCACAGUGAUCCUCCUGCCUCAGCCUCCUGAGUGCUGGGAUUUCAGGGGUGUCCCACCAUGCCCAGCCAAACCAAGGAUCAAACUCAUGACCUCCCAUUUGGCAGGCAUUUAUGCAGUGGAGCUAAAUCCCCAGGCCCUAAAAAUUAAAAUUUUAAAAAGGGCUGACGAUGUAUUUCAGUGGUGAAGCACUUGCCUGCCGUCUCUGAGGCCCAUAGCCAGCUAUAAUCCUAACUGCUAGAGAAGCUGACCCGGGAAAACUGCAAAUUUGAACCAGUAAUUUAGCAAUUUAGUAAGGCCCUGUCUUGAACAUGAAAAAGGGUUGGGGUGGAGUUCAGUUCGGAGGCCCUGGGUUAAAUUUAGCUCCAGUACUGAAUCAGUCAGUAAAAAUCGGAGUGUCCUCUGAGCAUUGUGUGCCCAUGCAGAGCCCUUUUCUGAGCUCGUCUUGGCUUCCUGUCUUUGCUGCCCAUACAUGUGCAAUUCUAGAAGGUCUGUGUCUCUUUCUGUGCGCUUGUCUCCCCCAGACUGGGUAGUAAACAAGCAAGUCCUGUGCUUGUUUCAGCAGCACAUAGACUAAAAAUACCACAAACAGAGUGAGAUGGAUUUGUCAAAUAGUGUGCCUUUCUCAUUUCCAACCAUGUCCUGAGCAGCUGGAUGGGAAUGCAGAUAUCAAGUCACUAAUGAAGAAGUGACAAUUACAAUUAAUGUGGAAAAGCUGUCUCUGCAGUGUGCGCAACAUUUGGAGCCACCUGGGCUGGGCUACAGUGCUGGCUCUCAAGGACUUCCUAGGUGUGCGUCCCUGAAUUAAUGAGCUUCACCAAAAUUCAAGUUUUUCCCCUAGAAUAUGAGCUGUCCUCUGUUGGAUUCCUCCCUCUCUGAGGAUUGUUUGAUGUGUAGCAAGCAUUUUCAGCUCCAUACUGUCUGCCUGGCCUUCUCUGAAAGACCCAAGGGGAAGCGGCCCCUCAUGUGCGUGGACGCUUCAUAGAAGGGGACGGACCUGUGACUCCCGGGUCACCUUGUCCUUCAGAGUCCAGUGAAGCUAUGUGCCACUUGCCUCAGCAGGCCUACUACCCGUCACCUUUGUCCAGCCCCAGGACAGAUAAACGUCAAGUUUUGGUUUCUGACAGCAGAGCAAACCUUUUCAUUCAUGCUGGGCAGAGUUCUACAGAUCCUUGUCUGGACUGGAAUUCAACCCAAGGCAUUCCUCAGAAUCAUUACUGUGGGGUCCUUUUAUUGAUGUGAAGCCUCACACACAAGACAGGAAAAUGUGUCCCAUCAGCUUUUGUUGUGGUGCAUAUUUUUGUUUUUGUUUUUGCUUAUUUUUGAGACUAAAGUUUUACUAUGCAGUUCAGGCUGGACUUGAACUCACUUUGUAGCCCAGGCUGGUCUCUUGCCUCAGCCUCCUGAGUGCUGGGAUUACAGGUGUGCACCACCAUGGCCGGCCACAUUUUGUUUUAGUUUUAAUUCUCAUCCCCUCCACACUGUGGGGGAGGGAUUUGAACCUAUGGCCUUUGCACAAAGCUACAUUUCAGCCCAUUUUUUAUGUUGAUUCAGGGUCUGGUUAAGUUGCCUAAGGACUUGAAUUUGUAAUCCUCCUGCCUCAGCCUUCCAAAUGCUGAAUUCUGACCUUGGGCCGCCACACCCGGCUAUUUGCCAGAAUCCUAAGGCAUUUUGAUAAGUCUGGGCCCAAGGUCAAGAAAGAUCUGUUUCAUCUUAGAUAUUCUUUGUGACUAGCAGCCUGGACCCGAGGCUCCCGGACAUCCGUGGCCUUUGCUCUACAGAGGCUUUGCUGCCCUGACACCUGGCAGUUGCUGUCCUUUCUGACAUUAUCUUUCUCCAGGUUCCUUGAUUGCGAAAUAAGAUGCCCCUGUCCUUCAGUUCUCGAUUGCCUCCAGACUCAGUGGGCCAGAUGACAUGGAUGUGGAACAGUUCCCCAGAGUUGCUGAGAGUCACAGCAUGGGCUCCAGUCAGGCAUUGUGUGGGGGACAGAUGAGAACUGGCUUUCCUGGUCACUUGCCUGGUUGAGCUCUGCUCUGCCAAGUACAGCCCAACAGCUCUGACUGCGCUGCAGAGUAUCACACUUCACUUGACUGAAAGUGGCAGCCUUUUUUUUAUUGUUUUGGAGACAGGAUCUCACUUUGUAGUGCAGGCUGCAGCCUGGCCUUGAGUUCACUACGGUGUCCAGGCUAGCUUCAAACUUGAGGCAGUCCUCCUGCUUCAGCCUCCUUAGCAGUGGGACUAUAGGAAUGCGCCCCCAUGCCCGGCUUGUGUAUUUUUUUGUAGACAGGGCCUUGCUGUGAGGCUGGCCCUAAACUCACUGUGUAGCGGGCAUUUGCAGCAAUCCUGCACCAUUGCUCUUGGCAGAAGUGGUAUGGUAAUCUUUAUGUUCUAGAACUUGACAUGGUGUUGCGAACCUGUAUUCCUGGCUAAGGUAGAAGAAUUGUAAAUUAAGACCCAUCGUGGACACCUUAGGGAGACUCUGUCUCAAAAAAUAAAAAGGAUUAGGGACAUAGUUCAGUGCUAGAUUCAGUCUCCAACAUCAAAACCAAAAAUGCACAAAGGGGACCAGCAUGACUGCACAGCACUCACUUGACCCUGAAGUUUUGGUUUUUAUCUCGGUGGUAAUUUCUCUCAGACUCCCUUAUCAUCAUAGAGGAAAGAACCUUUGGAGCCAGAGACUUCAUUUAACUCCUCAGUGUCCCACUGCUAAUGGUGUGGCCUUGGUCAGGUUGUCCGAGUUCCCUGUGCCUUGAUUUCUGUGGCUGAACCUACCUUGCAGGGUGGUUGUGGCGACGCCUAAGCUGUUGGUCAGGUGGAGUUCCGUGAGCAUCUGUGCUCAGGGUUGGAAAAUAAGCUCUCUCCACCCUCAUUCUAGAAUGUAAAAGAUUAUAAAUGUAUAAAGUACUAGAAAAUGUGAAGAAUUACUUAAAAGUGGCCACAGGAACUCCAUGAGCAUGUGUGUUAUGUAAUAGGUCUUCUUAAAUAGAGAAUCCAGGAUGAUGCCAUCAGGCUGGCGUCUCACAGGCUGCCUCGACUUGAGGGUAGGGCUGGGCUGGCAGGAGAAAGUUGCAGACACAGUUUGGGGUUAGGAAGUGGUUAAUCUGCUUAAUUCUGUUGGUAAAUUCAGCAUUGAAUUUAAUUAUGGUAACGGAAGAUAGUCAAAGUUACUUGAAUAUUUUGCCCUACCUUUGGUCAGUCAUGUUUGUACCUAGAUCAAUUAUAUAAAAGAAUCUCUUUUUAAAUUUUUUUUCAGGCCAGCAGAAGUAGCUAAUGACAUCUUGCUUCUGAAAUCCUGUAGUGGAAUACUUUAUCACUAGGUUGAGGUGAUGUUUCUAGGGCAUGGCAGAAACUGAACUCAUCUUCCUGGAUGUGGUUGGAUUUGCUGAUUCAGUUUUUCCUCUCUGCACACCUAAAUCUCAGUGACGGUUCCUCAGCACCAGGCUGCAGAGAGUUGUGGGUAGGAGGAAGAAGCCAUUGACAGCAGCUACUUUUUUUGUUGAUGUGUUUUUUUGAGACAGGGUCUUACCAUGCAGUUCAGCCUGGCCUUGAGCUUACUUUGUAGCCCAGGCUGGUCUCAAAGUAAUUAUUCUCCUGCCUCAGCUUCCUGAGUGAUGGGAUGACAGGUGUGUACUACCAUGCCCUGCAGCAGCAGUCACUUUUGUAAAUGAUGUGAUUACGUUACCAGUAGUUAUGCUUUGGUUUAAAUGGAUCCUUGCACAGUUUAUAAGCUUUUAAGCAGAUAAAACCAGACAACUGGCUAGAAAUAGUCUUGAGUAGCAUCCAUAAGAGGAUGAUUUAUUAGAAGUCUGUGACACAAUUGUGAUUAUUUCAUUUUGAGUUUUAGAUGUUAAAAAAAAUUAGUAACAGUGUUACAGUUCCUCUUCUGAGAUCACCAUUGAUGAAUACUGUUCAGAAAUUGGACCAUUUCCAUGGCCCAUCAAAGAAGGGUUUUGGGAGAAUUUUGGGCAUGGUGUUGUCCUCAGUGCAGAGAGCUGAGCCUGGCAUCUCACAGGCACCCAGCAGGCAGGGAGGAAUGAAUGGGCCCACUGUUUCCAGAGAACUGCAGGUGCUGGUUUGUCCUGUUAGGGUGGUGCAGGCCAGAGUUGGCCUCAAGGGUAUGUCUCUCUUCCUUUUGCUUGCCAAAGGGAAGAGCCGUGCACCUGUUUUCUAGCUUCCAGGGCCUGCCAGGGAACUAAGAAGAUGAACGGAGGGGUUGACAGAGCCUACCUCCGAGCAGCUGUGCCCCGGUGCCCAGCCUAGCCGUUAGCUCUUGGGCCUUUCUGUGUGGGCUUGGGAUGGAUUGUCUGACCACUCACUGAGCGUAUCUUACUCCCUCCCCACACACCUGCAGAAGCCCUUUCUUCUCUACUUCCUCAGAGCACUGAGGCUGCAGUCUGUUUUGCCAUGUGAGCCUCGAGGAAACGGCCCGUAGGCUUUGCACGCUCACCAUCUUGUCAGGAAAGUCAGUGUGACCUUGACCGUAGUGAUGACCUGCAGCAAGCACAUUGUGUGUCUGGCUGGACCCUAACGAUCAGAAGGCCUCUCGGCACCUUGCUGUGCUCUAAGUGUUGUUCACUGCUAAUUGAUUGUCCUAGGUAGGGGUAUAGACACUUAAUUUGCCAGAGUCGCAUCUGACUCCCAUGAGUCAUGCCAAGCACAGAGCCACUGCCGCUUGGGCCUUUGGAGGAUGUCACCGAAAGGAUCUUACUGCAGAAAAUGAAAAUAAAGAUGAGCUCCGCUUGCUCUGAGUUAUGAAAAAGCUAAUUUUCAGUUGAAGAAGUUGUUAGGACCUUUGGACCUGUCAAGUUCCUCUGAAGAAUGUUUUCCUUAAGAAUCAUUUCUGGGCCGGGGAUGUAGCUUACAGGUAUAGUGUGUGCUUAACACCUACAGGCCGGGAGUUCAGUACCCAGCAUGUGCUCAGUCCCCUGCACAAGUAUGCACACACACGAUAGUCAUUGCUGCAAACCCAUAUCCAAAUAGGGACUUUUUUUUCCUUUUGGUACCAGGGAUUGAACUCAGGACCUUGCACUUGCCAGGCAGACGCCCUAUGCCACUGAUCUAUAUCCUCAGCCCCAAAUACAGACCACUUAUCCUUUACUUGUGUUCUCUUCAGUGUCGGGGUUGGGCCUAGGAGUGCUGGACCUGCUGUCCAAGGGAGGGUGGCUAGAGGCGAGUUUGCUUCUCCCAUGGACUAGGAAAAGUCAGAUCUGGUCACCAGCCCCUGGGCCUGGAUGUCUUGGACAAAGCUUGCUGUUAGAGAGCACUUUCCUGCAUGAACUGAAUUUAGCAAAGAAAAAAAGAAAAGAAAAGUACAACAAAGCUAAGGGGUAAACUUUUCCAAAGCUGGAGUCAGUUUAAAUAUAGCUGAUCUGCUUUCCCGGCAACUUGGAGGCUGCAGUGGGACUUGUUGUACCUUUUGUAAGACAAGUGAGGAAAGAUGUUGGCACCUGUUCAUGCAGAGUUUGUUUAUGAAAUAUAAACUCUCCUGUCAAGCAGGGACUGGAGAGGUUGGCAUCCAAGGUAGCUGGGCCUGCCUCAGCUGGGAAGAGGCCAUGCCAGGCCCCCUCUGCAGACUUCUCUGCUGGAGACAGGAGGUCAGGCAGAUUUAAUGUGCUGUUCCCUGAGCACAGUGUCUGGCAGGCUGAGGUGAAAAAUUUCUGUGAUAGUCACCCAGCCUGAUUUUCUUUCCCAAGGAAGAGAAACAAUAGCUGUGGAGUCAGCUCUUAUUCAGAGAAGUAGAGCCCUUCUCAGCCUUCUAGACUUGAUUUAUGUAUGCAGAGCUGUCUAUAAGCAAGGGAGCUGGUGGGAGCAGCCCCAGAUCUCUGGCCCAGCUGCUGGUGGGUCCCGGCCACAGCGUGGGUUUGCAGCACAUUCUCCCCAGUGUUCCACAGCAGCUGCCUGAAGGUUUUUCGGCUGUGCCUGAACUGAUGUCAUUUCCCCCUUGGCAGACAACUUGGACUGUGCCGCAUCUGAGAUAUGUCACGAGAAGGAGGGCAGUUAAUUGGGAGCAGCGCUGAGCACUGCUGCCUGCCUGCCCGCCUGCCGGGGCGUGCUCGCCCCAGACUGUCACUCCGGAGAGCCCCGUGCUGCCCGUGCGCUCUCGCAGCGUGCAGGAUGCACCUGCAGGAUGCCUUUCCUUCUGGGUCUCAGACAGGAUAAGGAAGCCUGUGUGGGUACCAACAAUCAGAGCUACAUCUGUGACACAGGACACUGCUGUGGACAGUCUCAGUGCUGCAACUACUACUACGAACUCUGGUGGUUCUGGCUGGUGUGGACCAUCAUCAUCAUCCUGAGCUGCUGCUGCGUCUGCCACCACCGCCGAGCCAAGCACCGCCUUCAAGCCCAGCAGCGACAACACGAAAUCAACCUGAUCGCCUACCGGGAGGCCCACAACUUCUCAGCGCUGCCGUUUUACUUCAGGUUUUUGCCAAACUAUUUACUACCUCCUUAUGAGGAAGUGGUGAACCGACCUCCAACUCCUCCCCCGCCAUACAGUGCCUUCCAGCUCCAGCAGCAGCAGCUGCUGCCUCCUCAGUGUGGCCCCACAGGUGGCGGGCCACCAGGCACCGAUCCUACCAGGGGCUCCCCUAGGGUACAGAACAGCCCCUUGUCUGGGCCCAGCAGAAGCACCACGAGACCCCCGAGCGUCGCCGACUCUGAGCCCUCUGACAUGCCGGCUGACCCAGCCACCAAAGUCCCCGGAGUGGAGCCUAAUCGCUCAGUGGCCGGCCUGGAUGAGCUGGAUCCAGGGGCCUUCCUAGACAAAGAUUCUGAAUGCAAGGAGGAGCUGCUGAAAGAUGACAGCUCAGAGCAUGGCGGGGCACUCCCUGACAGCAAGGAGAAGACGCCAGGCAGACAUCGCCGCUUCACUGGGGACUCGGGCAUUGAGGUGUGUGUGUGCAGCCGGGGCCACCGCGAUGAGGACCUCAAAGAGUUCAGCACACUCAUCGGCGAGGCUCUGGAUGGGCCCCUGGACUUCUGUGACAGCUGCCACGUGCGGCUUCCUGGCGACGAGGAGGAAGGGCUCUGCCAGCCCUCCGAAGAGCAGGCUCCCGAGCCUGGACACGUCCACCUGCCACGGCCACCCGCGUGCCUGCUGCUGAACCCCAUCAAUGAGCAGGACUCGCCACCGCCCCAGAGUAGCAGCUCCCCCAGCUAGAGGAGGCCCCACCUGCACAAGGACUCAGCAAGCAAGUGGCGGGCCACCAGAGAAGCAUUAAGUGACUUUCCAAGGAAGUGGCCGAGCCACUUUGCUCUUUUUCUUUUUCCUCCUCCUCCUGUCCUCCAUUUCCUGCAUCUCCGGGUACAGUUCAGGGGGUGGUUGCCUCCCCCCACAGAAAGCACAGUGCAGCGGAGAGCCAAGAGUCGAUUCUGACCCAUUCCUCACAUCUACCUGUCCCCUGCUUCCUGUCGCACCUGCCUGCCUGGGUCACAGAUGUGUCUUUAAAGCUCCUGGGAAGGGGUGGCACUGUGCCCUGAGAUGAUUCUUGGCAGUGGGGAGAAUUUGUGCUCUGGUUUUAGUUUAAGAAGAUUGUGCUGUGUCUUAGUCCAGGAGAGGGAAGCUGGCAGGACUGAGUGCCCAGAGCAGCUUGGGGACUGUGGCCCGCGACUGUGGUGUCUGCAGAGCCACCACAGGGCUCACUCUCUGGGUGGAGGAGAGCUGUGUUCUCUUGGGUCCAAGUGACACGGCCAGGGCGUCACCCGUGUCCUCGAGGGCCCCUCCAGUGAGCUCUGGCCUGCUGCGGGUGUGGGAGUCCACUGCCUUCUCCCGCUUUGUACUCCCCACAAAAGCCACCAAGGACCUUAGCAGCCAGCGGGCGAGAGUGCUGUCCUGGGCGAGGGAGACUUGUGGUUCUUCGCAGGUCACUCUUCAGAAAGGCCUCGUCCUGGGCAGUAGAGAGCUGCUUCCCGUGUCCCUGUGCUCCAGCUAUUCCUGCAGGUGACCAUGUCCUUAGCCAUCCAUGCUCUCGGCGCCCAGGGCUGUGUCUCCUUGCGCCCUGUGAACACAGACUGAGGCGGCCCAUGGCCUGGUUCUCACACAGUAUUUUCUCUUUGAUUCUUAGUAAGUCUGUUGUUGUUUAUUUGUUUUAAACUGACCACUUGGGAAAAAUACCUUGGUUAUCUGUGGUUCUCAUGCCCUGAUCCUCUGCCUCUGAUGUGGUCUGAGGACUCUGCCGAAAGCAAAGGUGGCUGUCCAGUGAGGUGGUCGGGUCUUGGCAGCCUGGCCGGACGUGCAAGGCCAUGGCCUUGGCCCUGAGCGCAGAGCGUCCACAGCCUUGGGGACCUUCCUUCUACCUGUAAGUCCCAAACAACUCCCUGAAGUGUCUCAGAAGAAAACGAGUCUUUCCAAAACGAAUCUUUCUUCAGCUAACUGACCCAGCAGUUGGGGUCCAGUCCUCUCGUGCCCCUGUCCCUGCCCCUCCCCUUGGGUGGGGUGACUCACUGUAUUCCCGCUUGAUGAAGCAGCCGCUGGGGGACAGCAGGGUCAUUGUCAUACAGUUUGGCCUCAGAGAACUAACGGAGCUUGGCUUUGCGCUAGGAACAUGCUAGAGGGGACAGCAAGCAGCCAGACCAACAUUUCCCAGCCAGCCUGAUUCGUAGGAAGCAUUUGGUUCUUUUCCUGCUCCUGAACCAUGAUUUUCAGACUAGAUGUUAAUGUUACAUUACGGGGGGUGGGGGGGAUAUACAUACAUAUAUAUAUAUAUAUAUAUAUAUGUAUAUAUAUAUGUAUAUAUGUAUAUAUGGUGUGCAUGCACGCACAAAAGCAGACAAAUCCAAGGUUGUGAGGUGAAUGUUUGCUUUUGGAUUCCACAAAACCAAAAUCCAUGUUGAACAAAGUGAAAUCUGUACACAGUGACUUUUUGGGUGACUGUGUGUGCGUGCACGUGUGUGUGUGUGUGUGUGUGUGUGUGUGUGUGUGUGUGUGUGUCCAGGCCCUGUGUUCUGUGAAGAUACUUUGAAGGGCAGCCCUUCUGCUCACAUUAACCACACAUCCGAAGCAGAUGAGGCCCGCUCAAAGUAUUUAUUUUAUGCCUUUAUGUUUACCGAACAAACAUCUGACUGUGUGCCUGGGUGCAUCGGUGGCAGGGGGGCGGCAGCCUGGUGCUGGCUGCGCCCAGGCAGGUCCCCUCCUCCUCACUGCAGUUUGCACACGCCCCCGGCCACUCGAAGCCUGCAUUGUGUCACUGGAGUGGAACUGAGCUCCAGGUGCCUGCCGCCCCCCAGGCCCCUCAGCCUCGCUGUCAGGAGGUCCGAGGACUCUGCCGGAAGCAAAGGUGGCUGUCCAGUGAGGUGGUCGGGUCUUGGCAGCCUGGCCGGACGUGCAAGGCCAUGGCCUUGGCCCUGAGCGCAGAGCGUCCACAGCCUUGGGGACCUUUCUUCCACCUGUAAGUCCCAAACAACUCCCUGAAGUGUCUCAGAGGAAAACGAGUCUUUCCAAAACGAAUCUUUCUUCAGCUAACUGACCCAGCAGUUUGGGUCCAGUCCUCUCCCUGAAGGCCGAGCUGGCUGCCUGCUCAGGAGAUGGACAGCGAGGCCAGGGGCUGGGGGCUCCGCGGAGCUGACUGCAGCCUGUGAGCAGAAGGUUGGUGGCGGCUCCGGUGCUACAGUCUGAAGACUUGCAGACGCAGACAUUCCCGCACCAGGCACAUUGCGCCCUUGGUUCCAUGCAGAUGUGUAUUUUAAGCAAUAAGACUCAGCUGAUCACUGUUCUGGGCAAUCCUGGUGACACAUUUCCUGUGCUGUGAUUGUUCUAAAGACAGAGUGGCUCUAACCACUGUGAGAACCUCAAAUAAAAAUCAAUCCCAAAA